UGGGCGAGUUUACAGCUCUCUGUAAUCUGAGAGUGUAGUCCAGAGUGGUUUGAUGAAAGAGGGUAAACUGUGGGUGGGCGUGGCUUGAGGUCCCAAUAGAAGCCCAGGGAAAUCUGGGGAAAGGCAGGGCUUUUCUGAUAUCUCCCAGUUAGAGGAUUAGGCAAUUGGCAUCGCAGGGCUGUGACUCGCGGGUGGGGCUGGGCUCCAGGGCUGGACAGCGCAGUCCCUCCGAGCUGCAGGGAGACCUCGCAGGCCCCGAAAACUGUCGCCCUUCCACGAUGUGGCUCCGUGCUCUUGUCCUGGCCACUCUUGCUGCUUUCACGGCUUGGGGGCACCCGUCCUCGCCACCUGUGGUGGACACCGUGCAUGGCAAAGUGCUGGGGAAGUUCGUCAGCUUAGAAGGAUUUGCACAGCCUGUGGCCGUUUUCCUGGGAAUCCCUUUUGCCAAGCCCCCUCUUGGACCCCUGAGGUUUACUCCACCGCAGCCUGCAGAGCCAUGGAGCUUCGUGAAGAAUGCCACCUCUUACCCUCCUAUGUGCUCCCAAGAUGCCGUGGCAGGGCAGGUACUCUCAGAGCUAUUUACAAACCGAAAAGAGAACAUUCCUCUCAAACUUUCUGAAGACUGUCUUUACCUCAAUAUUUACACUCCUGCUGACUUGACCAAGAAAAACAGGCUGCCGGUGAUGGUGUGGAUCCACGGAGGGGGGCUGAUGGUGGGUGCAGCAUCAACCUAUGAUGGGCUGGCCCUUGCUGCCCAUGAAAACGUGGUGGUGGUGACCAUUCAAUAUCGCCUGGGCAUCUGGGGAUUCUUCAGCACAGGGGAUGAACACAGCCGGGGGAACUGGGGUCACCUGGACCAGCUGGCUGCCCUGCACUGGGUCCAGGACAACAUUGCCAGCUUUGGAGGGAACCCAGGCUCUGUGACCAUCUUUGGAGAGUCAGCGGGAGGAGAAAGUGUCUCUGUUCUUGUUUUGUCUCCAUUGGCAAAGAACCUCUUCCACCGGGCCAUUUCUGAGAGUGGCGUGGCUCUCACUGCUGUUCUGGUGAAGAAAGGUGAUGUCAAGCCCUUGGCUGAGCAAAUUGCUAUUGCUGCUGGGUGUCAAACCACCACCUCAGCUGUCAUGGUUCACUGCCUGCGACAGAAGACGGAAGAGGAGCUGUUGGAGACAACAUUGAAAAUGAAAUUCUUCUCUCUGGAUUUACAUGGAGACCCCAGAGAGAGUCACCCUUUCUUGGGCACCGUGAUUGAUGGGCUGCUGCUGCCGAAAACACCUGAAGAACUUCAAGCUGAAAGGAAGUUCAACACUGUCCCCUACAUGGUCGGAUUUAACAAGCAGGAGUUUGGCUGGAUUAUUCCAAUGUUGAUGGGCUAUCCACUCUCUGAAGGGAAACUGGACCAGAAGACAGCCAUGUCACUCUUGUGGAAGUCCUAUCCCCUUGUUUACAUUGCUAAGGAACUGAUUCCAGAAGCCACUGAGAAAUACUUAGGAGGAACAAAUGACCCUGUCAAAAAGAAAGACCUGUUCCUGGACUUGUUAGCAGAUGUGAUGUUUUCUUUCCCAUCUGUGAUUGUGGCCCGGCACCACAGAGAUGCUGGAGCGCCCACCUACAUGUAUGAGUUUCAGUAUCGUCCAAGCUUCUCAUCAGACAUGAAACCCAAGACGGUGAUAGGAGACCACGGGGAUGAGCUCUUCUCUGUCUUUGGGGCUCCAUUUUUAAAAGAGGGUGCCUCUGAAGAGGAGAUCAGACUCAGCAAGAUGGUGAUGAAAUUCUGGGCCAACUUUGCUCGCAAUGGAAACCCCAAUGGGGAAGGGCUGCCCCGCUGGCCAGAGUACAACCAGGAGGAAGGGUACCUGCAGAUUGGUGCCAACACCCAGGCGGCCCAGAAGCUGAAGGACAAGGAAGUGGCUUUCUGGACCACACUCUUUGCCAAGAAGGCAGUGGAGAAGCCACCCCAGACAGAACACAUUGAGCUGUGAAUGGAAGAUCCAGCCAGCCUCGGGGGCCUGGAAGAGCAAAGACUGGGGUAUCUUGUGAAAGGGAUUGCAGGUUCAGAAGGCAUCUUACCGUGGCUGGGGAAUUGUCUGGUGGUGAGGGGCAGGGAACAGAGGCCAUGAAGAAGGAAGUUUUGUAUUUGUGACCUCAGCUUUGGGAAUAAAGUAUCUUUUGAAGGCCAAA